AUGUCCUCCACGCCCAAGGGAUUUUCUCGAAAGGUCUAUUGGGGCCCUUCGAGCAACGCUGGCGGGCAUCCUAUGGACCUACACACGUCGAAGGAACCACCUCCUGAGCCGCCCAUGUUCCAAGCGCAGCAUUCUCUCAACUCUGCCGGCCUGACGACAGCUGAUGAGCCAACAACGCUGGACAUCAGCCCGAAUGUCAAGGAACAUCUCUACCUCAUCUUCUUCGAGCACAUACAGCCGGUGUUUCCUAUUGUCACCAACGCAAGUCUACGACACUUCCCCGUCACGUCGCUGCUGGAAAGCGUUAUACUUGGCAUCGCAGCCCGUCAUCAUCUUGCCAUUGCUUCUUGGAGGGACUACGUCCACAUACAAAAGGUCGUUGCCCAUGAGCUCAAAGCCCUCUUCAGCACACGGCAACGAUAUCAGCCCAAAAUUCAAACCGUACAAGCGCUCCUCCUGGCGUUGACCAAGUUUGAACUCAUCACGCACGGACACGGUGACAUCAUGUCCACGGGACUAAGACUUGGACUUCUCUGUAAGAUGGCCAGAGAUUUAGGCCUAGACAAGAUAUCCUCGGCCGUGACAACCGAUGGCGAGCUUCUUCAGGUUGUGUUAUGGAAAGGCUGCCUGUUUGAGGAUGCCAUUCUUUCUGCCACAUUGGGCCAACCUCUCAAUAUCGUCGUCUCGCCCGAAGAAAUCAUGGAGGUUCCGAUCAAUUCCGGUAUCUCAGGAGGCACAUUUUUCAGUGACGCUGUGGGUGCUUCUCACUGUCUCCGAUCACUGCUAAGAGCAGUCUAUGCGAGCCACCCUGUCAAUGCCGACAUCGUUCAGAACUGCGACCAGGUCCUCAAACAGAUACACCGCUAUGGGACGUACCUGAAUUUCCGACAAGGACACUAUUCUGAGAGCGAGUAUCGAGCGCUUUGCAUGUUACACCAUAACAACAGACUGCUUUUUGUACUUGGCCUUGCCUCAUUGACAAACGCGUCAAGCCAGUCCAAAGAACUUUCCCUCAUUCUGGCACAGGAGGCUGCUUCGAUCAUUCCAGAAGCCUGCCAGACGCUUAUCUGGUUCAGCGUUGAAUUCUAUCUCGAGAUGGCUUCUCGACUAAAUCAGUUACUGUACUGCUCUUCACGAGCCUUGAUGCUUGUUGUCGAUGUCCUCCUCGAGGCUCAAAGGACACUCAGUUCUUCGAAGGACUUUAUCCAAGAGCUAGAGAACGCGGUUGCGUCGGCUACUUUAUUGAAGGACUUUCUACUCAAAGACACCUCAUGGGGAGCGCACUGGUCCCAAGGCCAUACACUUGCCGCUGUCCUCGCUCGGCUUCGGCAAACAGACCGUCACACACGGCAUAUACCGGUUGAGUUGAAGAACGUUAUACGUCUUCGAACACUUGACCAAAGCGAAAUUGGCGACACUGGGACCUUAAGUGUUCUUCGAAAUACCGACGAAGUCUUCUACGACGACGAAUUCCUCAACAACGUCCUUUUCAACUCUACAGACUGGGAUUCCGUGUUGAUGCAGUACGAGGAGAGCUAUCCUCAGCCCAUUUGGUGACCUGGAUUUUGUACUUUGAGAAAGUGUUUGUGCCACCACGCCGUUGAAGAUACUAGGUACAAAGCUGAUCCAUGUCCAUACCCGCUUAAUCCUCAGUCGGUCUUGGUA